AUGCAGAGGGAGGCCGAGGGGCUGCUGCGCCCCGGCGGUGCAGCGCAAGCGGGCUACGCCAGCAACGGGCUGCGGCACGAUAGCCUCAGUCCGACGCCGAACGAACGCGUCGCCAUUGAAAAUGUUCUCAACACCACCGAAGAGCGGCGGCGGCGUGAGGCCAAAGUUUUGUACGGUGCCCUCAUCUUCUGCUUUGUGUUCAUGGUGCUGGAAUUUGGCUCGGGCGUCCUUGCCCACUCCUUGGCUCUCCUGACGGAUGCCGCCCACCUGAUGAUCGAUGUGGGGGCGUACGGGCUGAGCAUCAUGAGCCUCAAGGCGGCAUCCAAGGCGUCCUGCGGGAAGUACAACUACGGCUGGCACCGCGUGGAGGUGAUCGGGACACUUGUCUCCGUUUUCUCCAUCUGGGCGCUGUUGUUUGUGCGGAGCGUGACCCGCGACCCCAUUGUGGAUGCCGGCCUGCGCAUACGUUAG